GUGUGUGUGUGUGUGUGUGUGAGAGAUCCAGGAUCAGAGUCCAACAAAAUUAAAACUGUUUUGUUUUAUUUUACUCGACAGAUUCUGUGUUUUUUUUCUUCUCUUCUCGGUUUGAAGAGAUGAGUUGUUUAAAGUGAUGUCACGUAUUUCCAGAACCAAUCAGGAAGCAGCGUUUGAAUCUGAAUCCGAUCACAGCUGUUGAGUUGUUUACUGUCAAUCAAAUCAAACCCACAGAGUUCUGAUGAAGCGGAUAUGAAUCUGUAUGUUCUGUCAUAUUGCUGUAGUAUACUAUAAACUAUAUAACUACAUUUCACUUGUUUUAUGUGAUGUUAUUGUGUUUUAUUACUUUUACAUUAUUACAUUAUAUUUAUAUAUUAAUACAGACAAACUGUAAGUAUCAUUACUUAACCAUAUUUUCAGAUUCAUGGAGCGAUACAAAGAGAUAUCAUGGAUGUAAAAACCUUUGACUCUAGUAUGUUAACAACUUUAUCCAAUGUUCACGUGUAUGUUCUGGAAAUGAAUGAACAUAUAUGAGCAUAUAUUUAAUAAGAUAACAUCUCAUUUGCAUUUUUAUUUCUUUACCCUAUUCAUCUGUUACGACUCCCCUUAAACCGAUCAACCACUUUGGCUCAGAUUAAAAUAUCUCACCUAUUCAAUCGAUCGCCCAGAAAUUAGUUCCAGACGUUCAUUCACUGCCUCUGAAGAUGAAUUUCACCACAACACACAAUACUCACACUAACAAAGUGCAGCCGCACAAUGUUCAGUCCACCCUUCUUAUGUGCAGAUUCAAACUCUGCAUGAGGACAAGUGGAGGGAAACGUGUCGACUGAUUUCAAGAAAAUGUCCAUUACCACAGUGCGUAACGUGUGUGUGUGUGUGUGGGUGUGUGUGUGUGUGUGUGUGUGUGUGUGUGUGUGUGUGUGUGUGUGUGCGUGUUGUCUCACCCAGACUACCCUCACGGUAUCAGACUGACGUCGGCGAACCCCGGAGGAGAGAGGAAGGUGCUGAUCGUCUUCACGGCUCCGAGCCAGCAGGACCGAGCUCGCUUCACCUCCGACCUCCGAGAGAGCAUCGCCGAGGUGCAGGACAUGGAGAAGUACCGGGUGGAGUCCGAGCUCGAGAAGCAGAAAGGUGUGAUGCGUCCAGGUGUGAUGUCGGGGGGAGGACCGGGAGGAGGCGGUGGGACGCCGGGGGGCGGGGCCAACGUCGGCGCCGCAAAAGGCGAGGUGGUGAACGGCACUCUGGGUAGGCCGAGCCUCGACGACAUGUACGCCUCGGUGGACGGACUCAAACGCACGGCGCUCAGCUCCUCACUGAGAGACCUCUCAGAGACAGGGAAGCGAGGUCGUAGGAACAGUGUUGGGUCAUUGGACAGUACUAUUGAAGUAAGUUUGUCGGGGGGGGAGGGGCUGUGAGCAUGCAGGAUGUGACCUCCCAGCAUGCCCGCACACGUUCGGCUGCAUGUUUGUUGGAUUCGUGUGUUUGUAAAUAUUUUCAUUUUAACGAGUGACGCGUUUGUCCAGUUUCUGCGAUCUUUGGAGAUCCAUUAUUACAGCUUUGGAUAUUCAUUAUUUGACAGUUUAAUAGUAGAUUGCACUUGUUUUCUUUGUCAUAUUUAUUUGUGGUAAACAAAACCCCACCAGUUAUGCUGUCUUUGUCUACUUAACGAUUUCUUCUUCUUUCCUGCAUGUCUGUCCUGAAAUCUGUCUGUUUAACUCACUGACAAUAUAUGUUCAAUAUAUG